AUGUCAUUUUUGUGGGAUAGUAUUAUACUCAACGAUAGGCAUCUAUCAACUGUUACAGAAGCCAAAGGUUGUCAGAGAAUGGAAACUAGGAUCUGUGAUUUACCCGACGAUUUGCUCUUGCGUAUCUUGCACCACGUCCCAACAAAAGAUGCACUUGCAACUUCCAUCUUGUCUAAACGAUGGCGCUACGUCUGGACGAUGCUGCCUACACUCGAGUUUAUAGAUGAUGGCAGCGAGAGCGUUGGAUGGUUUAUUGAAAAUUCAUUGCAGCUCCAUAAAGCACCGAAACUAUAUUGUUUGACUGUCGAAGUCGGUCCACGUUGUCCUGUUGACUUAGAUGUGGGAAACUGGGUUGACAACGCAGUUAAUAGAGGUGUGCGAGGUUUAUUUUUGAAGCUCCUGUGGAACGCAGAGCCCACAAGCUUUCCUAAGUGCCUUUACACAUGCGACACACUCGUUGCUUUAACUCUAUCCAACCAGAUUCUAGUGGAUGUUUCUUUCCAGGCUCGCCUGCCAUCUCUCUUAAGUCUUAAUCUUAAAUACGUGGUGUAUAAAGACGAAGACUCUCUUGUUAGGCUCUUAUCAAGCUCCCCUGUUCUCAAGGUGCUUCAUGUGCAUCGACAUGAGGAUGACAACUUGAUAAACUUUACCGUGAAAGUUUCUUCCUUGAAAACAUUACAUUAUGUGGCUACUUGGCAGGAAGACGAGGUAGAUGAUGAUGAUGUGGAUGAGGUUGACGACAAUGUAGAUGAUGAUGAUGAUGAUGUAGAUGAGGUUGAGGACGAUGAUGAUUCCAAUCCAUCGUUGGUAAUAGAUUCCCCUGCUUUAACAAAUUUGAAGUUAGAUUACGAUUGGGACUAUUGCUUGAUAGAGAAUAUGUCUUGCCUUGAUGAGGCAAAACUUCACUAUGUUCGUAACCCCAGUGACAAGUUUCUGAGAUCACUUUCUUCCGUCAUACAUCUGCACUUGUAUUUGACCAAACCAAUGGCUGCGUGGUGUAACAGCAGUAACACCAUCACGUUCUCUCGGCUUAUAGAGUUAUAUUUUUUUCCAAAUUAUUCGGUAGAUUGGUUGGAACCACUUAUUUUUCUGCUACAAAACUCACCUAAACUAAAAACUCUUACGAUUGACACUGAUUCCGCGUGUCUCCCACCUUCCUGGAACCAGCCGAGUUCUACUCCCGAAUGCUUGUCGUCUCAUUUAGAGAUCUUUAGGUUGGGAGAGUAUGAAGGAAGAGAAUAUGAGAAACAACUAGUCACAUACAUUCUCGCAAACUCAAAGUGUUUAAAGACAGUGGAGAUCUCCCUCUUACCAACCUGCAACCUUGAAGAGACACGACAGGAGUUAGAAUCCGUGCCUAGGAUUUCAACAUCAUCUCAACUUCUAAUCUCCACUCAAAUGGAAUGGAGCUUUAACGGAAUAACACAGACUUGA